AGUCCGUACGAACUUCAAAAUGGCGGAGUUUGGAAAUAUUUUGAUCCUUUGUUGUGGUAGACCUGAUUUUUUUCAUUUGAAAAUAAUCUGAUCAAAUUUGACGUUAGCCAAUUUAUUCGACGGAUUUGAAAUAAUUAAAUAGAAACUCUGUCAACUUAAACCUGAAAAAAAUAGUAAUACUUAAUAUUUUAAGUUUUUAUAAAUCUCUGGCCUUCUCUUUGGCUAUAGUGAUGUAUCAUAGUAACUUUUAACAUUAUUAGAAUUUUCAUUUUUUUCGUCGCCAUUUUGAAGUUCGUACGGACUGGAUAGCCACGGAACGCACCCCAUACCUACCCAAUACUGGCCUUCACUGGCCAGCUCAGGCCAGCUGGCCUUUAUGAUUGAUUGAUCGGUGGUCGUCGUUGUGACAAUUGCAAACAUCAAAAUAUUAAACUAUCAAAUAGUACCUAAAUAGUUUUUAUUACACAGUACAUAGUUACAUAGUUACAUCUUACAUAUAACAGUUUGAUUGCAAAUCAGUAAAGUUGAAUAACAGUACGUCAAAUAACUAUUAAGGAUUUUUAGAACAUCACUCUAUCAAGGAUAAAUAUAAAACAAUAGAAAAAGAUGGAAAUUAAUCAAAAAAUUAAAAAAAAUAAACGUAAAAAUCAUGGAAGUAACAAAAUAGCUCAAAAGAAAAUGGCUGAAGAGAUAUUAAAUUUGAGUGAAAAUAUUGAUCUAGCAUCGGCAUAUGUCAAGUCAAUUGUGGACAGAAAACAUAAAAAAAAAAAGCUCGUUGAGUUUGAAGUUGACAGAAGCUGGAUUGUAAGCACUAAUAAACCAUGUGAUCCUGCUCAAGAUUUGAGUGGUUUCACUGUUGUUCACAAGCCACAUAAAAUAAAACGAGAAGCCCAUAAAGUUACAAGAACUGCUGAGAGUUAUGGAAAAAAGGCAUAUAAUCUCAUAUUACAAAACGAAAAGUUAGUUGCUAGUGAAUUCUUAACAAAAGCCAUUGAUCUCGAUCCACAUGACUUCCGACAUUAUUAUAAUCGCAGUUAUUGCUACCUAUGUACUGGAAAAUUUAAAGAAGCUCUUUCUGAUUGCGAAAACAUAAUUACACACUGCAAUAGUCCCAUUCAAUUUGCAAGACUUAGAUGCAGACAGGGUCAAAUUUAUUGCGCCAUGAAGGAUUUUGAGAAAGCUGAUAAAUCUUUUAGAGAGUGCUUGAAUCUCGCUCCAAACAGUUUAUCAGUAAAAAUUGAGAUGCUAAGAAUGAAAAUAGUUCAACUGAUGAAACAAGGUUUUUCUGAAAAUGAUAUUAUGAUCAAACUAAAUAAACCUCCGCAAGAGCCACAGACAUCCUCUGCAUUCUCAUCAACAAAUUUAAAAAAAAAUGAUAAAAACAUCAAUAUGUCAAUAAAUAUGGAAGAUGAAAUUUACGAGUCAGACCCCGAAGAUAUACCGUCAAAAUUUUUAAACACUGUUAAUUUCUCCCAUAGCGAUCAUGAUGUAUUAUGGGUUGCACCAAAAAUGAUUCGUUUGUUGAGCGGAAGCAAAUCUUCUAAAAGAGAAUUACCAAAACCAUCAUCAGAGCUUGAAAUAGUUAAAGAUGUACCAGUUGACAAACUGCUGCCAGUUGCUUCAAAUAUCAAUACCAAAGCUGUAUGGAUUGGUGCUGCUGACCAUGAUUUCGAUCACGUUACUGAUGUCAUGAUUAAAAAAAAAUUUUCCAAAUUUGGUUCAAUUUCAAGUGUGUGUAUGAAUCCAUAUGCGUCAUUUGGGUUUAUCAAUUUCACUGACACUGAGUCAGCCAAAAGGGCUCUUGAAAUGCAACAAGUUGAAGUCGAAGGUAAAAUAAUUUUAGUUAGGUGGAAUAAAAGAGCAUAAUAAAGAAGUUAUGGUUGUGAAAAAAUUAUUGUUUCUAUUCGUUUUCAUUAAACGGAAGUAUACGUGAAUUAUAAUAAAAAAAACAGUUAUUUAAUACGAAAAA